GAGUCCGCACACUGGACUCAUCACAACACACCGUCUGUCCAGCAGUUUUACUAAGAACAGGAACCAGCUCGUGACUGUUUGGACUGUUUCAGGUGUGAAUUUAGUAUUUUUUUUAGUUGCUCCUUUGAUUGUCAGCACGUUUUUUUUGGGGGGGGGGGGGGGGGGACAUUUCACCCUUUUUUAUGAGCCUCGGAGAGGUCCGAAUGAAUCCGUGCGUAAAGCUGCUGACCAACGUGCCAAAAAACUGAUUGACAUUUGCGACGUUUUGCGCAAUAAAACCACAAACUUGAUAGCAGCUCACCUGCACGCGUUUCCUGCUGCUGAGGAUGUCAGUCAGAUGAGCGCCGAGCUGCUGUUCAGGUGGCUUUAACGCUCCGCGGGAGGAGAUGUGACCAUGUCCUUUACGCACCGGCUCGCUCUGUUCCUGCUCGGCUUCACCUUCAUCCACACGGUUAAUGGAAAGUUUCCUCACUGCCAGUUCCACUGGGAGAUGCAGCAAGCCAGGAGAGACUGUCAGACACAACUGCAGCAACAGACGCCUGCUAGCACAGGAUGUCGCGGCGAGUGGGAAAGUGUGUCUUGUUGGCAGAGCGCGGCGGUCAACGAGACGGUGACCCUCCCCUGCCCCUCCUCCCUCCUGCACCUGUUUGGAAAAAACGGUGUCCUCAGCAGGAACUGCACAGAGAACGGUUGGUCUGACGUCUACCCCGCCAUCACCAUCGCCUGCUGGUCGAACAACACAGAUGAACCCAGUGAGCUGGUCUUCUACAAAGUGGUGAAGAUACUGUCCACUCUGGGCCACAGCCUGACCCUCAUCUCUCUGCUCACCAGCACCAUCGUCAUCUGUUUGUUCAGGAGGCUGCACUGCACGAGGAACUACAUCCAUCUGAACUUGUUUGUGUCGUUCAUGCUGCGAGCCGUGGCCGUGCUGGCCAAGGACACGCUGCUCUUCUCAGCCGAUGAAAACACAGACUGCAGCACGCAGCCAUCGCUGGUGGGCUGUAAGGCCAGUCUGGUGUUCUUCAACUACUUCAUCAUGGCCAACUUCUUCUGGCUGCUGGUGGAGGGUCUCUACCUGCACACGCUGCUGCUCGUCAUCCACAACUACUCCAUCCGCCUCUCCAUCUACAUGCUCAUCGGCUGGGGAAUCCCUUUUGUUUUCAUGGUUGCGUGGAUCAUAUGUAGGAUAAACAUGGAGGACACGAGGUGUUGGGAGAUGAACGACAACCCUGUCCCCAAUAGACUGAUCGACUGGCCCAUCGUGGCAUCUGUCAUCAUCAACUUCAUUAUCUUCAUCAGCAUCAUCCGCAUCUUGGUGCAGAAGCUGCGCUGCACUGACGUCGGAGGAAAUGAGCAAUCGCAAUACAAACGCCUGGCUAAGUCCACCCUCCUGCUGAUCCCUCUGUUUGGGAUAAACUACGUGGUGUUCGUGUACCUGAUGAAGCCGGCGGACAAAACCAUGAAGCAGAUCAAGAUCUUCUUUGAACUUGGCCUCGGAUCAUUCCAGGGUCUAAUUGUGGCAAUCCUCUACUGUUUCCUAAACAGCGAGGUCCAGAGCGAGCUGCGGAGGACGUGGAGGAGUUUAUCUCUCAAGCGUUACGUGGGACGGGAGUACCAGCUGCACGCCAUGUCAGUGAGCCGAAACGGCACCGAAAACUCUUCUCAGUUUCCCAGGAACUCCAGAGCCCAGUCCAUCCUGCAGACUGAGACCACCAUGCUCUGACCGGGGAGAGAGAUUGGCCUGUUUAAGUAAAGACAUCCACAACUGAUGCUCAUAUUUAGAGCGACUCAGUCGAAGUUCAAAGUCUUACUCAAGGACACUUUUAUUGACAUAUCGCAGAAGUUUCUGAGGACUUCUGGUCGGACGGUGUAUGCCUCCUGAAGAUUUCUAACAUCACUGCCCUUACAAUGGUCUUCAACAUUUUUUCAGUUCGUGACACAAAUGAAACAGUGCCUGUUGAAACAAUGCAGAACAACAUAAACAUAACACAAAUAUAUAUUCUCAGUUGUUAGAUAUUUCUAGGAGACAGCUGAGUGUAUCAACUGCAGCGCUGUUGUUUUCAUGCCAGCAGCAGAUAUAUCAUCUUUUUUAGGAAGGUCUUCAGCAUUUACCAAAAAGAUUACAAACAUGCCCUAAAGAAUUUAUGCACAAGUAUUAUGAUUUUACAAAUGACUAAAAAAACGACAUGUGGUGGAGAAUUUUUAGAUUUUGAUGAUUGUUUUUGAAUUACAGUGAAGUGCAAUUUAUACUUCGGUGUGUCAAAUCGACGGCGUAGCCCUGUAGCCUACACCUACGCCGUCCCCUACGCCGUCCCCUACGCCGUCCCCUGACGUGCACCUCCUUCAAAAUGUAACUACACGUCAAGUCGACGCAGACUGUAAGGUCUUUGAUUGGUCGGGUGGGUAGCCUCACAAUGCCUCCGAGCCGACCGGAAGUACCCCGCGCUUUAAAGUAACAUUUACUAACGGCCAAAACGGCGGCUGUAACACAGUGAAUCAAUAUAUCUGACCAUCACAACCCGGGCAAAAUGACUCAUUUCGCUAUCAGACUUGUGAUCCAUUCGGUCAGUAACAUUUGAAAAGGCCACACCAGCAGCUAAACCGGAAGUUCGACCGGCAAAAGUCAACACCGUGGAUGCUGUAGCGCUACUGCCGACUAGCGUUUGGGGGGUGUAAUUGCAGAAUGACGGACAGACCUACACACAAGUAUAAAUGCAUGGCUGUACCUACGCCGUAGGCUACGCAUGUAGACCCUACGCAGGAGUAUAAAUGGGCCUUAAGUCCAAGGGUGCAGACUAGGCAGACCUGAUACCACGUUUAUUUCACGUUGGAUAUUAACUACGGAUUUGGAAUUAAAUGUUCCUGUCAGUCUCCUGUUGGUGAAUUUAAGUAAGACAUGAUGCCACAGUGGUUCCCAACCUUUUUGGCUUGUGACCCCAAUUUAUACUUCUGCGUCGAGUCGACGCCGUAGGCUACAUGCCGUCCUGAGCAUUUGUGCAUUGGUGUCUGCGUCACUCUGCAAUUCCAACGCCAAAACGUUAGUUGGCGGUGGUUUCUAUGUUCCACUGUGUUGAGUUUCUUCUUCUUCGUUGCUGUAGGCUACUACAAACAAUGGCGACUGAAACUGAUCGAUGUUGAACAGCAGUCAUUUUUAGUGAAAUUACCAAAAACAGAAAUGAGCAUCGGACUGAAUUUGGAAAUGGCGGUGAAGAAGGACAAGCUGGAAAUUCGUAUUAGGAAAUGUGAUGAUAUCAAGCCGCCCAAUCACAGUUCUUGCGGUCUGUGUUGUGUAGUUACAUUUUUGGGAGGUACGUGUCAGGCUACGGUGUAGUGUACGUAGCAGAUGUAUAAAUUGGCCUUUAAAAUAAGCUACUUGUUUUUUUUUAACAGUUGUUACAGUAUAAACAAUCCAGUUGUUCAAGAAAAAAAGCUUUAUGUAGCAGAAAUACAUUUCAUGCUUUCCUCCCCUGGUCAAUCAUCUCACAACCCUUCAGAUUUAGUUUGCAAUCCCUUGUUUGCGUCCCGACCCCCAUCUCCAGAUGAUAAAGAGCAUUUUCAUCUUGGAGUUGGGACUCAUGUAAAUAAUGAUUGUCCAUUAAUGUUUUUGUUUAAUUGUUUAUUUUAUAACAUGUAUGUUUUUCUGCCAAAAUACCACUGUGACCACUGUGUCUCUUGGGUCUGGGUGUCCAAAACUGUAGAACAUUAUGAACUCUUCAAUAUAGGAGAAUUAUUGCUUUUAAAUGAAUAUACAUGAAUGAGUUAAAUGCACUUCCCCAGUCCACACUUUAAUUAGGGAGCAUCUUCCAUCAUAUCACAAUCCUGAACUAAAAACCUACGACAUGUGAAAUUCAGUUACAUGAAGAAUAUCUGCAAACAGACAGAUCGGUCUGACCCUUUUCUGGGUUUCAGUUCUACUUAAAAACAGCCAAAAACAUACCUGCCUUGUACAAAGAAUGAUUGUUUUGUCUUUCCUGUCUUGUUAUUUACACAGUUGAGUGUAUUAAUGUUGAUUAUGUACGUGAGAGGGAGACGUGUAAGCUUUUGAACACAACUGUAAACCUGGGACUCCGUAUGUUUUAUGUAUAAAAGCUUUAAUCAAGGA